AUGAGUACAAUGUUUGAGCCUUCGCUCUCUACGAGCAUGUCCAGCAGCAUGAUGCGUCCACCUUUGUCUUCGGCGGAUGCCCCGUCAAUGGCAGACACUCUUCCAAGUAUAAACUUUGGUUUCGAUGAAUUGCGCGAUAGAAUGGCAAAAUUUACGGUCAAAUUUGAUGCAUUUAUAGAGCAAGGAAGGAAGCGCGUUUUAGAGGAGAGAAACCAAUUCCGAAUGAAUGUAACUGAAUUACAUGAGGAUCAACGUAUGAAAAAAAGAGAUAUCGAAGUCCUGUCAUCCAAAGCCAGUACCCAUCAACAGACCCUCGCAAAGGAAGCCGCAGAAACCGCCGAAAUGCAAGUAGCAAUCGCAUCAUUGACUGCCCAAAGAGACGCACAACUUGCAACGAGAGAAGCCUUAAAGAGUCAAAUCGCCGAGACACAAAAAGCUAUAAACGCACGAGUUGCCGCGCAGAAAUCUCACGCUCAGUAUAUCGACAAACAAGCUCGAUUCAAUGUACCUGAACUCGACUUCUGGAUUUCGAAUUUGGGUCUCAUGAUAGAGGGAGCAGGACAAAACGACCGACUGAAGUUUAUUUUCAUGAAUAUUGAUGAUAAUGACUAUGAUAGAGAGGCUUGGUUCGAGCUUGAUACAUCGAAGCGGGAUUAUGACAUUCCAUAUUGCAAGCCGAAAUUGGAGAAGGAGCAUAUUGAAAGAGUGGUGGAUAAGUUGAAUGAAACCCGAGAUUUGCGGGUGUUGUUAAAGGGUAUGAGAGAACUCUUUGUCGAAGCUAUUAAGAAUUGA